CCUGCCCCUCCCCUCCCCCCAUCUCGUGUUCGGGGGGACGCGAAGCCUGUCGCCUGGGGUUGGGUCUCAGCAAGGCCGCGGAACACUGACUGGGAGGGUCAGGGGCUAGGCGCGGCGACGCCGGGAAGGAGGCAGAGGAGCGGGGCCAGGAAAGCGGGGGCCCAAACAUGACGGCCAGGCUGGCCGGAGCGCGCGGAGGGAAAGUCGGCGACCCGCCGACAGCUCCGCGCACACAGAGCGCGCGGCCGCCAUCUACUUCCGGGAUUUAAAACCGGUUCCCGGAAGCCAGGCCGGCGUCCCCAUGACAACCGACGUUGGGUCUCUGAGGCCCUGGUCUCAGAGCCCGGGAAACAGCUCUGAUUCUGAGGAACUAGUGCUCCCCCCUCAGUGCUGGGGACAAAGCCAGGAGCCGGCUCCCGGAUCACUGUGGGAUAUGCCCCGCGGGGCCCAGUAAAGCAGAAGGAAGAUGCUGCAGACCAGUAACUACAGCCUGGUGCUGUCCUUGCAGUUCCUGCUACUGUCCUAUGACCUCUUCGUCAAUUCCUUCUCAGAGCUGCUCCGGAUGGCCCCCGUCAUCCAGCUGGUGCUCUUCAUCAUCCAGGACAUCGCCAUCCUCUUCAACAUCAUCAUCGUUUUCCUCAUGUUCUUCAACACCUUCGUCUUCCAGGCUGGCUUGGUCAGCCUCUUGUUCCAUAAGUUCAAAGGGACCAUCAUCCUCACAGCGGUGUACUUCGCCCUCAGCAUCUCCUUUCACGUCUGGGUCAUGAACUUACGCUGGAAGAAUUCUAACCGCUUUGUCUGGACGGACGGACUUCAAACCCUGUUUGUAUUCCAGAGACUGGGAGCAACCCCGAAGCUCCUUCUCGCCUUGCCCGCAGUGGCUGUGUUGUACUGUUACUUCUACAAACGCACCGCCGUGAGACUGGGCGAUCCUCGCUUCUACCAGGACUCGUUAUGGCUGCGCAAGGAGUUCACGCAAGUGCAGAGGUGACCGCUUCUCGUCUCUCUGAUGGAUGCCUUUCCUUCCUGACAGAGGCUGCGUCUGUGCGUCUGUGGGGUGGGAGCUGGCCCUGUGCACGGGAAGCAGCCUGGCCUUCCUAGGACAGGCACCGGCCACUCGUGUUCACCAGGCAGGAAGGAGGCUCUUCCCUCCUGCACUCGGAAGUGUUUCCCAGUACAGAUCCCAGCACGCAACCCUCCCUGGCCUCCUGCCUCCGUCCCCUCUGCCUUUUCUGCCCUCGGCCCCUCUCUUCCUCACGGAAGGCUGUGGGGCUUUCUCCUUGGCGAGCUGUCACUUCACCAGGUACAGGAGGGGCUCCUGACGCCUACCUUCUUUGCCCCGAACACUAGUGACUGACGGAAGGAUGCAAAGAGCGUCAUUUCUGAGCUCCUGACUGACCACACCAUAGAUGUUCAGAUUUUAUACCCCAGGCGGUUUUUCUUUUCUUUUUUUUUUUUUUACAUUUUAUAAAUAGGAAAUAAAUUGAAUUCUUUUUCCAUAAAGGCUGGAGUCUGUCUGGCUCGAUCUCCUCACAGAUAAGAGGCAUGUCAUGUCCUAGCCUAGCAUCUUCUUGACCCAGCGGGCAGCUUGAGCCACGGAACAAAUACAGAUAGUUAUUGAGUGCCCUUAUGAGUGCAAGCUAUUUUGGUAGGAAUUCAAGAUAUAAUCUGAUGCCCCACCCCGACGCUUACAGGAGUUCCAGACUUCUCUACUUUAUCAGACUCUCCCUGCCAUUAGGACCCUAAACUGCUCUCAGAAGAAUAAAACCAUU